AUGCAGACUCUAAUUUACAAAAUCUUUACGCGCAAGUUCUCGCUUUCGCUGCAGGCCGAUGCGCUGCUGUACCUCAGCGACGUAAUAGCCCAGAAGGGCAUGGACCAUGCCUCGGCGCAGGCCUGGCUAGAGCUGCUCGCUGACACAUGGACGAAGCGCGAGGAAGGCAAGCCUCUGGUUGAGCUGGGCCCGCUCAAAGCCCUUCGGACGGGACCGUGGGCGCCAGACCUCUUCUCGGUCAUAAACGCAUUCGACGUGCCGUCGUGGUGGUUUGAUCCGGGCCAAAAGAAAUUCACAAAGCCGUUCGACUCUUCCGAGAUGCUGGCGCCAGCCGAGGCGAAGGCGGCGCUGUUCCGGCAGCGAAACGAGAACUUCAUGCCCGUGUCAUUCAGUAAUUCCGAGAAAGACCGGCUCUACCAGCUCAGCACUGUCGACUCCUUGCAGGGCCGUGAGGGCGAGCAUUUUCUGCUGCUCGGCAUGCUGGCGCAGAUGGAGGAAGGCAGGGUGUUCCUUGAAGACAAGGACGGAUCGAUUGAGCUGGACCUGGCCAGGCUGCCUAGCCAGUCUCCCAGCGGGCUCUACACCGAGGGCUGCUUUGUGCUGGCGGACGGGUACGUCAAAGACAACGUGUUUGUGGUCGAGCAGCUUGGCUUCCCACCACCCGAGCCACGCACCACUACGCUGCAAGCAUUCCCAAACACCAACCUGUUUGGUGCCGAGCCAUCCGUCCGCACACCGGCGCAGCUCAAGGCCAUCGAGGCCGAGCACGACUCGGGCAUCGUCAUUCUCUCGGACGUCUGGCUGGACCACGCACCGACCAUGGAGGCCCUGCACGCGCUGUUUGAGGGCUUCUCGCAGGAUGUGCCGCCAAUCGCCUUUAUCCUGACUGGCGACUUCUGCUCCAAGCCCUUUGUGCCUGGAUCCGGCGAGACAGGCCCACUCAUUGCAGGAUUCCCGAAUAUUGCGCGCCAGUCGCAUUUUGUGUUUGUCCCCGGCGCCAACGACCCGUGGGGCCAGGGUGCGUUGCCGAAGCCGCCCAUCCCCGAGUUCUUUACCAAGCGGCUGGCGAGCAAGCUGGCCAAGGUCACCUUUGCGACGAACCCGUGUCGGAUCCGGUUCUGCACACAGGAGAUUAUUGUGUUUAGAGAGGACCUGCUGAAGCGUAUCCGCAGAAACAGCAUCCUGCCGCCAGCCGAAGACGCCGAGAUCGGCCAUCUGUGCCCGCUGCCGCAGCGCAUCAGGCCGGUUUACUGGGCAUACGACCAUGCUAUGCGCGUGUAUCCGAUCCCAGAUGUGCUGGUGCUGGCAGACAAGUUCGACUCGUACUCGAUCAACUACGAGGACUGCCACUGCGUCAACCCCGGGCCAUUUUCAUCGGGCGACUUUGCCUUCUUCGUAUACUACCCAGCGUCGGGCAAGUCGCAAUACAGCCAGAUCCCCCAUUAG